UCCAUCCGUCAAACUAUAAGAGGAAUGAAUGAGGACACACACUCAUUUUCAACUUUCAGAUAACGCAGGAAACACACAUUUCUAGACACAAUACACACUGCUGGCAUAGGAAUACUGAAGUGGGGUCAAGAACUGAAUAGGCAGAGACGAGUACACACAGUCCCAGUGAAGGACAAAGCAGGAAGAGAGACUGGAAGCACUAAGAUUUCUUCUGCUUCCAUUAUCAUCUUUAAAGUCAUGGCAGCCUCACAGACAGUCAUGUUGGAGGUGGUGGUGAUCCUCUACCUGUCAGGCCUCAUACACAGCUUCCAACCACUCUUCUCAUUUGUCGGGAAUUCCACAACUCACCGUGUCAUCACGCAGAAGGCGGUGCUCAGGAAGACGGCAGAGGUCUGCAGAGACAUCGCAGCCUCAGAGGGACGAGACUUCAACCUCACUAUUGACAACAGUCUAACAACUGACAAAGUGCUAAGGGCCUGCUCCACUACAGGCUCCUCCUCCUCUUCUCUCCUCUCCUCCAUCAAGUUCCAAACCUCCAUCGCUAACAUGUACUUCAGCAACGCAAAAGUUGACGUGAUUUUUGCUCUGAGUGAGGCACACCAUUUUGACGAUGAGACCUUCAAGGGAGGACGGGAUAUCAUUACGUCAGGUGUGUCUGCGGUUAAAGAAAGUGUGAAGCAGGAGAACUUUGUCACUGCAAGGACAACACUUGGACGGGUCUGUCACACCUUACAGGAUUUCUACAGCCACAGUAACUGGGUUGAACUUGGGAAAGAGGUUCCUUACAGCGCUCUGAUCAGACCAGAUGAACCUUUUCAGAACCUUGCAGGUCCCAAAACUCCUACCUGUAGAAACUGUACAAAAGAAAACUGUUCAGACAACCUUUUACCUGACUUGCUACAGCAGGGCCUUCUCACUUCAGGGUACUUUAAUGCCCUCUCCUCAGCAAAACCUGCAGGUAAAUGCAGCCAUGGUGGAACUUUUGACAGAACAAGCAAAUGUGACCCAGCGGGGGGGAUCAACAAGGAUGAAGUAGGGUCCAGCCAUGGCUCCCUUCACUACAAAGCUGCUGAUUUGGCUGUGAGUGCCACAAUGGAGCUAUUGGAGGAUGUCAGGGUAGUUAUCAGAGACAAGAACUUCCUGAGAUUGAUGGGCCUCUCUCAGUCCUCUGUGCUGUGUUUUGUCAUUGACACUACAGGCAGUAUGAAUGAUGACAUAGCCGAGGCAAAGAGAAUUUCUUUUGACAUUAUUGACAGUAAAAGAGGAACACCCCAGGAGCCCUCUGCCUACAUACUGGUACCUUUCAAUGACCCAGGUUUUGGACCCUUGGUUCUGACAACAGAUGCAGACGUCUUCAAAAACAACAUCAACAAACUGUCUGCUAGUGGAGGAGGAGACAUUCCUGAGCUGUGCUUGUCAGGACUGCAGCUUGCCCUGACUUCUGCUCCACCCUCCUCUGAGAUCUUUGUCUUCACCGAUGCUCCUGCUAAAGACGCUCAUCUGAAAAGCACUAUCACUGCCCUCAUAGAGAACAGCAAGUCUGUGGUAACUUUCAUGUUGACAGGUGUGCUGGAGAGCCGCCGGCACCGCAGGGGCCUUCGGGGUGCAAUUUCCCGCUCCAUGAGCCAAUCAAACGCCCAGCUGUAUCGUGAUCUUGCCCAGGCCUCUGGAGGUCAGGCCAUCGAGGUUACCAAAUCUGAACUUUCUCUGGCUACAAGCGUCAUACAGGAUUCAUCAGCCAGUGCUGUGGUGACAGUUUUUCAAGUUGUGAAGAAUCCUGGAAAGCCUGAUUAUUUCACAUUUACUAUUGAUGGAUCUCUAAAAAACAUGACUGUCUACAUCACAGGAGCUUCCUCUCUCACCUUCACUCUCACCAGCCCAGCAGGUGUAUCUCAGAGUUUCAGCCAGUCCAGUGGUCCUCUGGCAUCGUUCACCACAGUAGGAAACCUGCGUCGAUUGAGCCUCAACAUUGAAAAUCAAACAGGAUCAUGGGUCAUCAGUGUUAAUUCUAAUAAUCCCUACUCUGUAAAGGUCACAGGUCAAAGUUCAGUGGACUUCAUUUUCAACCUCGUGGAGGCUCAUGAAGGUCCACAUGGAGACUUCAGUUUAAAAGAGGGACGUCCUCUGUCAGGUGGUAACGCCACCCUCUUAGUCACUGUGACAGGGAGUGACACAGUAAAGAUCACAGAGGUCACACUGUUCGACAGCUCAGGGCCAACGGAGAUCAGUGGAUCGCUGCAGUCGGUGGGAAGGGGUACCUUCCUGGUGACAUUCAGUGGGGUCCCAGCAGGUGACUUUGUGGUUCGCCUUAGGGGAGAGGACAGCAGCUCUGCCUCCAAGUCAACACCGAGCAGCUUCCAGAGACAGGCCUCCACACAGAUCAAGACCUCCAGCAUCUCUGUAACUGUACAUGCCAACAACACAAACAUAGAACCAGGCUCCACUAUCACCAUCCCUUUCACAGUUGCCAUGACCACCGGUGGAUUCAUUGAUGAUUCUACAACUGGGACAUUCACAGUGCGAGCCAACAACGACCGCAGUUACACAAUGACUUCACCCAGCACACUCAGUGUUACAGAGGGCAGUGGAGGCAAAGCCAACGGCACCGUCACUUUGACUGUACCAGGCAAUGCUGCAUCAGGGACAGAUGUGACACUUACCAUCGGGGCAGAAAAUGCAGCAGCUACUGAUAUCAACUAUGCAGUUAUCAGACUGUCUGUGACUGCCAAGAUUACAGAUAUUAACCGCCCAGUGUGCCAGGAAGUCAGAACAUCAAGCAGCUGCCCCUCCUCUGCGUCGCUCUGUGCCUCUUCCAAGUGGAAAUUCAUUGCCAACCUCACAGAUGGCAUAAACGGGACAGGCAUUGACAGCAUCACUAUCCGCAGAGGAAACGGUACCCUCAACACAAGUACAGUAACUGAAGCAGGAGGUGAGGAUACUAUAGUGGCUACCUACAGCGCCUCCUGCUGUUCACAGAGUGUAGAGCUGACUGUUGUGGACAAAGUAGGAAACGUGGGGAGAUGUGUUGGACAGAUUAGAGCACUUAGCACAGCUGCUCCUGUGACUACAGCUGCAGAUAACACUGCGUCCUCUAGAGGGCACACUUCGAACAUUUCACACUGUCUAUGGAUCAGUGUUGUAGUUUCUCUCCUGUGGAAGUUCAAGUGAUAAUGGAGGUUAUCCUAUACAUGUGCAUCAAUAUUAGCGUCUUUGAUUGAUACCGUAUAUAUCUCCACAUUAUAUGUGAAUAACCAGGACUUAA